AUGAGUAGUCGGCAGCGAGAUAAGUAUCGUAAAUUUGAUUCAGGCCACCAAAAACGACAGAAAAAACAAAACCUUGAAAAAAAUCUAAAAAAGCAACGUGGUGCGUUAGACAAAUUUGUUUUUUCUUCAGAUACUCUGGAGAGAGUAGCUGAAGAACAGAAUGAAAUUGAAUGUUAUGAAGAAGAGUUAAUAUUGGAAGGUGAUACAGAGCAACCCUGUUGUUCCAAAGAAUUUGUGACUCAAAAUAGUAUUGAGAUAGUUGAAAAAUCUAGUGACUUAACAAUAAUUAAUAAUGAAAAAAUAAUUAACGAGAUCAAAGAAGCAGAAAUAAAUUUUAGUGAUCCAGAUCAGUGGCCACAGUCCUUAACCCAUGAUAUGCGAGUUAAAAUUGUUCUUAGUAAAUCUGAAAAAAUUGAAUUCUACGAAAGUUAUCCAAAAAAUGAUCAAAAUAGGAAAUUUAGUAAUAAAAUGUUUUAUAGAAUAAUGAAAAAUGGUGAAAAAAUAUCAAGAAAUUGGUUGUUGUAUUCAAAAUCACGUGAUCGAGUUUAUUGUUUUUCUUGCAAACUUUUUAGUUCACAAUUAAAAAUUCCUAACCCUGGUAGUUUAACUAAUAAUGGAACCUCAGAUUGGAAACAUAUAGCAUUAAAAUUGGAACAACACGAAAAUUCUUCUUCUCAUAAAGAAACAAUUCUCUCUUGGAACGAAUUAAAAACACGAAUUAUUAAAAACGAAACUAUCGAUGAUUUGCAUUUAAAGGAAAUAGAUAAAGAAAAACAAUAUUGGAAAGAUGUGCUAAAACGAAUUUUAUCAGCAAUUUUUUAUUUGGCAAAACAUGGUGAUGCAUUUCGGGGAUCCUCUGAUGUAAUUUAUACGGAACAUAAUGGUAAAUUUUUAGGCCUCAUAGAGAUGAUGGCCAAAUUCGAUCCAGUUAUUCAAGAACAUGUUCGUCGGAUAAAAAAUAAUGAAACUCAUGAUCAUUAUUUAAGUCACCAAAUACAAGAUGAACUGAUUGAACUUAUAGCACAAAAAAUUCGUCAACAGAUUGUAGAAAGCAUCAAAGAAGCAAAAUAUUUUUCUAUAAUGAUGGACUGCACUCCAGAUGUUAGUAGAGAAGAGCAACUUUCUAUAAUUAUUCGUAUUCUAGAUAUGGGAAAUAAAAGUAUGUCUACAAUACCUUGCAUCAAAGAAUAUUUUAUUGAAUUUAUUAAUGUUCAUUCUACAACUGGAUAUGAUUUGACAAAUAUUUUAUUAGAUAAAUUAAAAAGUAUAGGUAUAGAUAUAAAAGAUUGUCGUGGACAAGCAUAUGACAAUGGUGCCAAUAUGAAAGGCCAGUACAAAGGGGUUCAAUCAAGAAUUUUAGCAAUAAAUCCUAGAGCAUUCUUUUCACCAUGUGCGUGUCAUAAUUUAAAUUUGUUGUUGGGUGAUAUAGCAAAGAGUUCCACCAUAGCGGUUGGGUUUUUUGGCACCAUACAAAGAAUAUAUUGUAUGUUUGCAUCUUCUACAAAACGCUGGGAUAUUUUUAAAAAACAUUGUACAUUAUUAACACUGAAACCACUUUCAGAAACUAGAUGGGAAUGUAAAGUCAACAGUAUCAAAGCUAUACGUUACCAAGUACCCGAACUUAUUAGCGCAUUAGAAGAAGUGGCUGAUACAACUUCAGAUCCAAAAACGAAAAGCGAAGCUCAUUCAUUAGCUACAAAUGAGCUAGAAAGUUAUGAAUUUAUUCUUAGUCUGAUAAUAUGGUAUGAAAUAUUAGUUGAAGUAAAUACGGUAAGCAAAACUUUACAAAACAUUAAUAUUCAUUUGGACAAAUGUAGUAGCCUUUUAAAUGGUCUUUUAGAAUUUUUAAAAUCAUUUAGAAUGAGUGGUUUUGAAUCUUCAAAAAUUAAAGCUAAUGAAAUAGCAGAUGUCGUGAAUAUUCAUAAAAAAUUUAAAAAGAAGCGUUUUAGAAGGACAAAAAAACAAUUUGAGUAUGAGAAUUCUGAUGAAAUAAAUGAUGACGCAGAAAACAAUUUCAGAAUAUUUUAUUUUAAUGUCAUUGCCGAUGGAGCUAUAUUAUCAUUUAGUGAACGAUUUAAUCAAUUUAAAAUUUAUAGCGACAAUUUCAGUUUUCUAUACAAUAUUGGUGAGCUCCAAAAAAUAACUAAUGACGACCUUAUGAAGAGUUGCUUAGAUUUACAAAAUUAUCUAAGUGACGGAGAAUUAUAUGAUAUAGUUGCUUCUGAAUUGUAUGAAGAGUUACUAGUUUUUCGUCAUACAAUGAAAGAAGAUUCUACGCCAAUAGAAGCACUCAGUUUUUUAAAAACAAUGCCUGGUGCUUUUACAGCUUUUCCUAACAUAGUAAUUUCACUCCGAAUUUUGUUAACCAUACCAAUCACCUCAGCGUCAGCAGAAAGGAGUUUCUCAAAGCUCAAAAUAAUCAAGAAUUACCUAAGAAACACAAUGUCUCAAAAACGAGUGACUGAAUUGGCUACUAUUGCAAUUGAAAAUGAAACAGCAAAUACAUUGAAUUUUAAGGACGUCAUAGAGUUGUUUGCGUCCAAAAAAUCAAGAAAAAAAUUUUAA